GGGGGUGCGCCCGAGAGUGCCCCGGCGUGUUCGCUUAGUUCAGUGAAUCAGAACAAUGACUGCGCCGCCGGGUACCCGGGAGCGUGUCGGAGGACUGUGAGCAGCCACCGCCGGGAGAGCGGCGGGCGACGCAACCUCGGCCGAGCGGUGACAGCGCCGGCUCGGGAGCCUCGGGUGCAGCCCCUGCCCAGCGCCCGCAGCCCGCGCGGAGCCGCCGCGCUCCGGCGCUGCAGUCGUUCCUCGGGAGCCCAGCAUUGUUGUGAGCCGCUCGAGGGGCGAAGGGAUUACAAAGCCUGGAGACCCGGAGCCCCCUUUUAGCCAUGUGGAUACCUACGGAGCACGAGAAAUACGGCGUGGUUAUUGCCAGUUUUCGAGGAACUGUCCCCUAUGGCCUAUCAUUGGAAAUCGGAGAUACUGUUCAGAUCCUAGAGAAGUGUGAUGGCUGGUACAGAGGAUUUGCCUUAAAAAACCCAAAUAUCAAGGGUAUAUUUCCUUCCAGCUAUGUUCACUUGAAAAAUGCCUGUGUAAAGAACAAGGGACAAUUUGAAAUGGUUAUUCCCACUGAAGACUCUGUUAUCACAGAAAUGACAUCAACAUUAAGAGACUGGGGAACCAUGUGGAAACAACUUUAUGUGAGAAAUGAAGGUGAUCUCUUCCACCGCCUGUGGCACAUCAUGAAUGAAAUACUGGAUCUGAGGCGGCAGGUGCUGGUUGGCCAUCUUACCCAUGACCGGAUGAAGGACGUGAAGCGCCACAUUACUGCCCGACUUGACUGGGGCAACGAACAACUGGGUCUGGACCUGGUGCCCAGAAAGGAGUAUGCAAUGGUGGACCCAGAGGACAUCAGCAUCACUGAGCUAUACCGACUGAUGGAACAUCGACAUCGGAAAAAAGACACCCCAGUGCAGGCCAGCAGUCACCACCUCUUCGUCCAGAUGAAGAGCCUCAUGUGUUCCAACCUAGGAGAAGAGCUGGAGGUCAUCUUCUCCCUCUUUGACAGUAAAGAGAAUCGCCCGAUCAGUGAAAGAUUUUUCUUGAGACUGAAUAGAAAUGGGCUUCCCAAAGCCCCGGAUAAACCCGAACGACAUUGCUCUCUCUUUGUGGAUUUGGGUAGCAGUGAGCUAAGGAAGGACAUCUACAUCACCGUGCACAUUAUCCGAAUCGGUCGAAUGGGAGCAGGAGAAAAAAAGAAUGCCUGCAGUGUUCAGUAUCGGCGACCCUUUGGCUGUGCAGUCCUUAGCAUCGCAGACCUGCUAACAGGGGAGACGAAGGAUGACCUCGUCCUGAAAGUAUACAUGUGUAAUACAGAGAGUGAGUGGUACCAAAUCCACGAGAACAUCAUCAAAAAGCUGAAUGCACGCUAUAAUUUGACUGGCUCCAAUGCAGGAUUAGCUGUUUCCCUACAGCUGUUGCAUGGAGACAUUGAACAGAUCAGGAGAGAGUAUUCAUCAGUAUUUUCUCAUGGAGUAUCCAUAACAAGGAAACUGGGUUUUUCCAACAUUAUCAUGCCUGGUGAAAUGAGGAAUGAUUUAUAUAUCACCAUUGAGAGGGGAGAAUUUGAGAAAGGAGGGAAGAGCGUGGCCACAAAUGUGGAAGUUACAAUGUUCAUUGUAGAUAGUAAUGGCCAGAACUUGAAGGAUUUUAUCUCCUUUGGCGCUGGAGAGCCUCCUGCUACUGAAUACCACUCCUUUGUGCUUUAUCAUAACAACAGUCCCAGGUGGUCAGAACUGCUGAAACUUCCCAUUCCUGUGGAUAAAUUUCGGGGCUCCCACAUCCGCUUUGAGUUUAGGCAUUGUUCCACAAAGGAGAAAGGAGAGAAGAAGUUGUUUGGUUUCUCUUUUGUGCCCCUGAUGCAAGAAGAUGGAAGGACUCUUCCAGACGGCACGCACGAGCUCAUUGUGCAUAAGUGUGAAGAAAACACAAACCUUCAGGAUACCACCCGCUACCUCAAACUUCCAUUCUCCAAGGUCAUUUUCCUUGGGAAUAAUAAUCAAACCAUGAAGGCCACAAAGGAAUCUUUUUGGAUAACGUCAUUUCUCUGUUCCACAAAACUCACACAAAAUGGGGAUAUGCUUGAUCUUUUGAAAUGGAGAACUCACCCUGACAAGAUCACAGGCUGUCUCUCUAAGUUAAAAGAAAUUGAUGGCUCAGAGAUAGUUAAGUUUCUACAAGAUACACUGGAUACCUUGUUUGGAAUUUUAGAUGAAAAUUCCCAAAAAUAUGGGUCUAAGGUGUUUGAUUCCUUGGUCCACAUAAUAAAUUUGCUGCAAGAUAGCAAGUUUCAUCACUUUAAGCCUGUCAUGGACACUUACAUUGAGAGUCACUUCGCCGGGGCACUUGCAUACAGAGACCUCAUCAAAGUGCUCAAGUGGUACGUGGACAGGAUAACAGAGGCAGAGCGGCAGGAGCAUAUCCAGGAGGUGUUGAAGGCACAAGAAUACAUCUUCAAGUACAUAGUUCAGUCCCGAAGGCUGUUUUCCCUCGCCACGGGUGGGCAAAAUGAAGAGGAGUUCCGCUGCUGUAUUCAAGAGCUUCUUAUGUCAGUCCGUUUCUUUCUUUCACAAGAGAGCAAAGGGUCUGGAGCGUUAUCUCAGUCACAGGCUGUAUUCCUGAGUUCCUUCCCAGCUGUGUACUCAGAACUGUUGAAGCUCUUUGAUGUCCGGGAAGUGGCCAACUUGGUACAGGACACUCUGGGCAGCCUGCCGACCAUCAUGCACGUGGAUGACUCCCUGCAGGCAAUUAAGCUUCAGUGCAUUGGCAAGACUGUGGAGAGCCAGCUCUACACCAACCCAGACUCGAGGUAUAUUCUCCUGCCUGUCGUGUUGCAUCAUCUUCACAUCCACUUGCAAGAACAGAAGGACUUGAUCAUGUGCGCGCGUAUCCUUAGCAACGUAUUUUGUCUCAUCAAGAAAAAUAGCUCAGAAAAGUCCGUGUUGGAGGAAAUAGAUGUGAUAGUGGCCAGCCUGCUGGACAUCCUGCUCAGAACCAUCUUGGAGAUCACCAGUCGGCCUCAGGCAUCCAGCUCCGCCAUGCGGCUGCAGUUCCAGGAUGUCACUGGGGAGUUUGUUGCCUGUCUCCUUUCCUUAUUACGACAAAUGACAGAUAGACAUUAUCAACAACUUCUGGAUAGUUUCAAUACAAAGGAAGAACUAAGGGACUUCCUGCUGCAGAUAUUUACUGUGUUCCGAAUAUUGAUACGCCCAGAGAUGUUCCCCAAGGAUUGGACCGUUAUGCGCUUGGUUGCUAACAAUGUUAUCAUUACAACAGUUCUGUACCUCUCAGAUGCACUUCGCAAGAACUUCUUAAAUGAAAACUUUGAUUAUAAGAUCUGGGAUUCCUACUUUUACCUUGCAGUAAUUUUUAUAAACCAGUUGUGUUUGCAACUGGAGAUGUUCACACCUUCCAAAAAGAAAAAGGUAUUAGAAAAGUAUGGUGAUAUGAGGGUAACCAUGGGCUGUGAAAUUUUUAGCAUGUGGCAAAACCUAGGAGAACACAAACUUCAUUUCAUCCCAGCCCUGAUCGGCCCCUUCUUAGAAGUGACCUUGAUACCACAACCAGAUCUCCGGAAUGUCAUGAUUCCCAUUUUUCAUGAUAUGAUGGACUGGGAACAGAGGCGCAGUGGCAACUUUAAACAGGUGGAAGCCAAGCUAAUUGACAAACUGGAUAGCCUGAUGUCAGAGGGCAAAGGGGAUGAAACAUACCGUGAGCUCUUCAAUAGUAUAAUUCCACUAUUUGGUCCCUAUCCUAGUCUACUAAAGAAAAUUGAGCGGGAAACAUGGAGGGAAAGUGGCGUUUCAUUAAUUGCCACGGUUACUCGGCUGAUGGAGAGGUUGUUAGAUUACAGGGACUGCAUGAAAAUGGGAGAGGUGGAUGGUAAAAAGAUUGGCUGCACAGUUAGCCUUCUGAACUUCUAUAAGACCGAACUGAACAAGGAGGAGAUGUACAUACGCUACAUCCACAAACUCUAUGAUCUGCAUCUCAAAGCGCAAAACUUUACAGAGGCUGCAUAUACCCUCCUGUUGUAUGAUGAGCUGCUAGAAUGGUCUGAUCGGCCCCUCAGGGAAUUCCUGACCUACCCCAUGCAAACAGAAUGGCAGCGCAAAGAGCACCUGCACCUCACCAUCAUCCAGAACUUUGACAGAGGCAAAUGUUGGGAGAAUGGCAUCAUCUUGUGCCGGAAGAUUGCAGAGCAGUAUGAGAAUUACUAUGACUACAGGAACCUGAGCAAGAUGAGGAUGAUGGAAGCCUCUUUGUAUGACAAAAUCAUGGACCAGCAGCGCCUGGAACCUGAGUUCUUCAGAGUUGGAUUUUAUGGGAAGAAAUUUCCAUUUUUCUUAAGAAAUAAGGAGUUUGUGUGUCGGGGGCAUGACUAUGAAAGACUGGAGGCCUUCCAGCAGCGGAUGCUGAACGAGUUCCCUCAUGCCAUUGCCAUGCAGCAUGCCAACCAGCCUGACGAGACCAUCUUCCAGGCAGAGGCUCAGUAUUUGCAGAUAUAUGCUGUGACUCCCAUUCCAGAGAGCCAGGAGGUCCUGCAGAGAGAAGGGGUUCCAGACAACAUCAAAAGCUUCUAUAAAGUGAACCAUAUCUGGAAGUUCCGCUAUGAUAGACCAUUCCACAAAGGCACGAAAGACAAGGAGAAUGAAUUCAAGAGUCUUUGGGUGGAAAGAACCUCCCUCUACUUGGUGCAGAGCUUACCUGGCAUUUCACGCUGGUUCGAAGUGGAAAAGCGAGAAGUGGUAGAAAUGAGUCCUCUGGAAAAUGCAAUUGAAGUGCUGGAAAAUAAGAAUCAGCAGCUGAAGACUCUGAUUAGUCAGUGUCAGACAAGACAGAUGCAGAAUAUCAACCCUCUGACGAUGUGCCUAAAUGGAGUCAUAGAUGCUGCAGUGAAUGGUGGGGUCUCCAGGUACCAAGAGGCAUUCUUUGUCAAAGAAUAUAUUUUAAGUCAUCCUGAAGAUGGGGAGAAGAUUGCACGGUUAAGAGAGCUGAUGCUUGAGCAGGCACAGAUUCUGGAAUUUGGUUUGGCUGUGCAUGAGAAGUUUGUACCUCAAGAUAUGAGACCCCUUCACAAAAAACUUGUGGACCAAUUCUUUGUGAUGAAAUCAAGCUUUGGGAUACAGGAGUUCUCUGCUUGUAUUCAAGCCAGUCCUGUCCAUUUUCCUAAUGGAAGCCCUCGAGUGUGUAGAAACUCAGCCCCUGCUUCCAUGAGUCCAGAUGGUACCAGGGUAAUUCCUAGACGCAGCCCAUUAAGUUACCCAGCUGUCAACCGAUAUUCUUCCUCCUCACUGUCCUCACAAGCCUCUGCUGAACCGAGCCCAUCUACCUCAAGCCUGAGUUCCACUCACUCUGCUUCACCUAAUGUUACAAGUUCUGCUCCUUCGAGUGCCAGAGCUUCUCCUUUGUUGUCUGACAAACACAAACAUUCCAGAGAAAACUCUUGCCUGUCCCCAAGAGACAGACCAUGCAGUGCCAUUUAUCCAACACCUGUGGAGCCUUCCCAGAGGAUGCUGUUUAAUCACAUUGGAGAUGGGGCUUUGCCCCGAAGUGACCCCAAUCUUUCUGCACCUGAAAAAGCUGUGAACCCCACCCCUAGCAGCUGGAGCCUGGACAGUGGGAAAGAAGCCAAGACCAUGUCGGAUAGUGGGAAACUUAUCUCUCCCCCUGUCCCUCCAAGACCCACACAGACUGCUUCGCCAGCAAGACACACAACAUCAGUAUCCCCCUCACCUGCUGGGCGGUCUCCAAUGAAGGGCUCCGUGCAGUCCUUCACGCCAUCUCCGGUGGAGUACCACUCCCCAGGACUGAGCUCCAACUCCCCGGUCUUGUCCGGCAGUUACAGCAGUGGAAUCUCUUCUCUCAGCCGGUGUAGCACGUCGGAAACCUCAGGCUUUGAAAAUCAGGUGAACGAACAGUCGGUGCCCGUGCCCGUGCCCGUGCCUGUGCCUAUGCCUGUGCCCGUGCCGGUGCCCGUGCCCAGCUUCAGCGGGCCGGAGGAGCCGGUGCGCAAGGAGAGCAAAACCCCACCCCCGUACAGCGUCUAUGAGCGGACUCUGCGGCGCCCGGUCCCGCUACCUCACAGCCUCUCCAUCCCUGUCACCUCCGAGCCACCCGCCCUGCCUCCCAAGCCCCUGGCAGCACGGUCCAGCCACCUGGAGAACGGCAACCGGAGGACUGAGCCCGGACCGCGGCCCAGGCCCCUGCCCCGCAAGGUCUCUCAGUUAUAAUUCACUUUUCUAUGUACCUGCGAUGAAUUCUUUGCCGUUUACAAAAUAAGUCUGAUGAGAAGACAUUUAGUGUAGGCACUUUAAUAUCUUACUCAGAUCUUUGUUUAAAUGAAUGGAAUUUAAAUUUGCUUAUUAAUAUAAUGUUGCACAGUAUAUAAAAGUUACUGAUCUAAAACGCCAGGUGUUACAUGAAGUAGGGCUGAGUCUCAUUAAAAUGUUUCUCAUUUGAAAGUGGUAAAUCAUGAAAAAGACACUUUUUGUAUCUUUUUAUGUUCACUUUUUUUUACAUAGUUUAAUCUUAAAACAAUACGAUAUUGUCAAGCAAUACAAUGCGUGAUAAUGUUGUAUAUCUUUUUCUGAAUACUUGAUACUGAGAAAGCUUAUCAGCCUGUGCACAUCCUAACACAAUGGUCCUUAUUUUAGACUUUUGUAAAUAAGGUGAGAUUGUGGCUCUUCCCUUGAGCAGAAUGUUCAGCUCCUGUCCUCAGAAUUAAGGUUAUGGCAGGCAGGUUAGACAAGAUACUUAAGGGUUCAGAGGAUUGGGACAGGAAGUUGUUUUGUUCUUGAAACAAAAUGCUUCUUUGAGGUUGCUUUUGACAUUUGACAGCUGUCUACAUUCUAAAACUCUACUUUGUGAAUUGGUUGCUAAAUCUUUUAGUACCCUGAUGCCAUGCUAUCUGCUGUAUUUCUUUUCAAGGUGCAAUUUGCUUUCAGAGUUCCAAUCAGCUAGAUUAAGUUAAAGACCCCAGGAGAAAUGUUUACUUGCAUUUUGUGCUUCCUUACUUGAUGAUUUCCUAUAUAAAACGUGUCAUUGAAGAAGAGCAGGUAUUCACGUAUUAAAUAGGCACAAAUUACUGAGUCCUAUUAACAAGAAUUCAGGAAUCAAUACAGAACAGUAUUAAAUCAGUAGAGUGGAAGAAGAAAGAAACCUUAGCGAAAAUGUAUUAGCAUGAUUGAGUGGCAAAAGGACUUUGAAAAGGCAAGGGCAUUAACUUCCAAUCCUGUACAAAAUGAAGAAUUCCUCAAAUUCUCCAUUCUAACCAUGGAGUUUGGCUUCUCUGCUCAUACUUUGGUUGGAGGAAGAGGAUUAUGGGCCAUUCUAGGUUGGUAUUGCAAUGUAGCAUCUUAGAUGGAAAUAGAAUAGACUCGCUGAUGCCACGACUGUAGGAGUGUGAAAAAAAAGCACCUUGUAUGUAGUAAUGUAUUUUGUAUCUAUGUUUUUUCUUUUACUGACUGUUUAUAACACUCAAAUGACAAUAGGUAUGAACUGUAUUUUAAACCAUACUGUUAAAUAUUUUCCCUCUUUUGUUGGGAAGCUCAUCUUAGUUUAAUUGUGUUUGUUUCUGUUGAUAGAUUACCUGGAAGGCAGUGAACACUUUUUUAUAUUCUCUUAAUGAAACCAUUCAGCAGGUAUAUGCUGUUGAGGCUGGUUAUAGAGGUUUUCUAUAAUAAAUGUUCAAGUAUUUUUGUACAUAACUGGUUAAUUUUAAUAAGAGAUACCAUUAUGUGUAAAAAACAGUAAAAAUAAAAGCAAACAAUUGUGGAUGCAGUAUGAUUGUUAUAAUUAUGCCAAAUACUUUAUGUAUGGAAAAAGAAUAUUUGUACAUAUGUGCUUUUAACAAUUCUGCCAUAUUGACUUUACAAUUUUGAAUGUCAGAAAAUUAAUAUAUGUAAAAAUAUUUAUGUUUAGUGAAAGUAUUCAUAAUUGAGGAAAGGAACAUAUGAAUUUUAGCUUUGUAUCUUGCAAGUUUUGCAGUUGGAAAUUUCUUGAACUAGCUUUUGCAUUUGAUGAUAACACUUUGUGUUUGUAAUCACAUCCUAAAAUAUAUAUAUAUAUAUACAUAUAUAUGUAUGUAGGAAGCUCCUUAUUUCUGUUGUUUUAAAGAAGUAAAAUCUUCCAUUUAAAUAAGCUGACAUGCAUAAGAUAACAAAGCUUCUUUGAUUUCCUCUUCCUGUGUAAUUUAAUAGGUUUCUGGACUAGUGCUUGGGCACAGAAUAAAAUCAGUGUUAUUUGCUCUUGAAGCUUUUUUAAAAAUUUUUGGCAGUAAACAGUUGACUUUAUCAUGUGUGUAUAUUUUAAAGCAGCUAUAUAGCAGAACAUUUCAAGAGAUUCUGAUAGCUCAGAUGUUCAUGUCAAUAGUUGCUGAAUGGUAAAUAUUAAAUAAAGUUACCAGAUUAAUCUCAA